UUGUGUUACGCCGGCGAAGGAAAAAACCAGAACGAAAAAGCUGCAACAUGAUAUUCAAAGCCCCUCGAAGGGCCGGCAGCAACGAACUAACUGAUUCUCCCGCCAAGUCGAAGAAGAAGAAGCUUAAUUAAUUUGUCGUCCCUCGUCCUCAUCGAGAUGAUCUGAUCCUCUCUCUGUCCUGAGAAACCAUAUCCCCACCCCACCCCACCGGGCAGCAGCAAGCAUGGAAAAACACCGUCACACCGGAUCUCGGGAAUCCCUCCCUCUGGAGUACUCCUCCCGCACACAAUCUCCUCUCCGCCGUAAAUCCCUCCCCAUUGACGCCACCAACUCUCGGAAACCCCGCCCUCCUUCGUCGUCCGAUGACCACCCCAACGCACCCACCCGCGGCCUUUGGCCCUCCUCAUCCUCUAUCCGCCGCCGCUCUGGCACUCUCGCUGACCACCUCGGCAAUGAUCGUCUCAUUGACCUCGCCCAUCGUCGAUCUUCCCCAUCCCCCACUGCUCCCGAGCCCCCCGUUUCCAUCUCUCGCCAGCGUAGCUGUUCCGAGUUCCGAAGCUUGGAUGUUGAAGAAGAUCAGAGCAACAGAGCUGCUGAUCAGGGAGAACAUGAUGAUUGCAUGGAUGACCGCCGCAAGAUUAAGAAGAAAAAUAUCAAGGAGAACCAUCGGCCCUUGGGUGGCUCCAUGCGCUACAUCAGUAACAAGCUCCUCUUUCCCCGGUCGUCUAAGCUCGAUUCCCCUCCCUCUGCGGCUCGCAUCUCUGUGGACGAGAACGCCCUGGCCUCCAGCCGCCGCAAGAGCGACUUUCCUCCUGGACAUCCCCUCCUUCGAGUCCGACCGCAGCGACAACGUUAGCUCAAACAAGAUCCCAAACCGACGCGCUCCCCGCUCCAAACGCAACGAUCACCAGAACGAGGACAAAAACCAUGAAUCAAAAUCCGUGGAGAUGAACCCCACAAUGAAGCCGGCUCCUCGUCGAACGAGUUCAGGUUCCGCCUGGGCUUUGUCACCAGGAAGGCGGGCCAGUUCUCCUCCGCUAGUGGACGGCAGUGCAAGACCCGCUGCAGCAGGGCUCCGGUCGUUCUCAAACCUCCGUCCACCUAGUCCCGGGAGGGGAAAAGGAGGAGGGGGAGGCGUUGGGAACAUUCUGAGCCUGGGCCUGGAUCUCUUCAGGAAAAAGUCUGGUUCGCCGACGCUGACACCCUCGUCUUCUUUCGGGAAUGGAUCGCCGAAGAUGGCUGCUGGGGAAGCCGGACAUCAGUUUAAGAUAGUCUACAACCGUCUGAUGCAGUGGAGAUUUGCGAACGCCAGAUCUGACGCUUCCAGCCGCACCAAGGCUGACACCGCUCAGACUGUUAUGACUUGUGCGUGGGCAGGUCUGGCUAAGCUCCAGGUUUCAGUGGCGCAAAAACAAUUGCAGCUUCAGAAGGAGAAGCUGCUUCUCAAGAUUAACACCAUGCUUUCGUGUCAGGUUAAGUUACUGGACAGAUGGAAUGAUACCGAGAGACAAUAUGUCGCGGCACUGUCCACCACCAGGGACAGCUUACAAUCAGUGGUCAGUAGGUUACCUAUAGUAGAAGGAGCCAAGGCAGACCCACAGCAUAUAUCCGCAGCUUUUCGACAGGCGAAUGACUUGACUUCAACAAUCAAGACAACGGUGGGGAUAUUCAGUCCUAUGAACCUGGAGAUGGUCCCAUUGCUCUCAGAACUUGCACAGGUGACCACCGAAGAGAAAUCUCUUUUGGAAGAGGCCUCUGAACUGCUGGGUUUGAUCUUUUCUUUACAGCUUCAAGAAGAAAGCUUAAAAUGUCAUCUAAUCCAAUUGAAUUCUGGGCUAUCAACAGAGCAUGUCCUCCCAGCUAGGAAUGCUAUAGCAACUGCAUAGGAGAAUAAUAUUCCAUCUUCCUGUAUUGGUCAGUGGCAUUGAGAAAAAUUUCCAUUUUUGAGUGUACUGUUUUGAAAAAGUAUU